AUGGGUAAAAAGGUACUAUCUAUUCAAUCACACGUAGUUUACGGGUAUGUUGGGAAUAAGGCAGCUACUUUUCCCUUACAAUAUAGGGGCUGGGACGUUGAUGCCUUGAAUACGGUAGAAUACAGUAAUCAUCCUGGCCAUGGAAGUUAUACAGGAUCCAAAACCAAAGCAGAUGAUAUCAGCGAUAUAAUUUUGAAUGGUCUAUUGCCUCUAGAUCUGGAUUACACCGCUGUAUUGCUUGGGUAUCUGCCCGACGCAGAAGGUCAUGCACGUAUAUUGGAAAUUAUACGACGCAUAUGUACGGUUUAUAGAGACAUAAUCCUGGUUGUGGAUCCUGUUCUUGGCGAUAAUGGAAAGCUAUACGUCCCGCAUAAAACUAUAGGGUUUUAUAAGCAAUUACUUACGGACACAACUGUUGCGCUUGUCACCCCCAACCAAUUUGAACUGUUUUUGUUAACUGACGUAUUAGUAACGACUAAGGAGCAUCUCAAAAAAGCAAUUGAUGUUUUUAAUGAACGUUAUCCACGUGUAAAACGGCUAGUCGUCACCAGCUUACGACUUGAGGAAACUGCAGACCAGUUGCUUGUCCUAUGUACAGACUUUCAAUCCUCUCAUUAUUUUGCAGUUCCUCUAAUAAGGGCUUCUUUCAGUGGGUGUGGAGACCUGAUAACUGCGCUAUUAUUGGACGCGGUCACAGAAUUUCCCGGUGAUCUAUCUACAGCUGUCAGUAGGGCAUUGACAUUGAUCCAUGGAGUCUUGCAAGCUUCAUAUGAGUAUACAUUACGCGAAACAGCGACUGAGGAUCGUAAUAAGCCUCUGAUUAUAACCGAUUUAAGGCUUAUACAAUCUAGGAACCAGCUCAGAGACCAUCCCGCGCCUCAAUUCGCGUGCUUUCGUAUUAAUUACCCUUAA